AUGUCUAUCUUUGCAUUCUGUGGUAAGCACUGUUGUAAAUUCUGCAAGUCAACUCCUCAAGUGCAGAAACAAAAUGGCACAGUAGUUACUGUGAACACAGCUGUGGACAAAAAAGAGAAGCCAUUUGGUUAUGUGGAUAUUUACCCCGGCGUACGUAAAGCGGAUAACACUUACAAUUGCCCAAUGCUUGCUAUUCAUCUCUAUCGUCAAGCACAGCUCAAAGCUAAAACGGAUGAAAGUGAACGUACGGUCAUCGUCGACAGGAGAAAUCCAGUAAAAACUCAUGAAGAUUCAAAACAAAUUAAAGAAAAAAAUAAGUUCGACGCGGAAGUAGACAUCAUGAUGCUUCCACUUGAAGAUAUAAUACGGAUGAGCGCCAAACUAGAAAUUGAAAAAGCUGAACAAUCUGAUGUCAAAGAAGAGAUUAUUCCUGAAUAUGGCCCAGGUGGAAAUUGCUGUGAUACUUGUUGUGAUAGCAUACGCGAAUGUUGUUGUUCCUGUCAGAGUAAAGCCAAAAUUGCUCCAAGUGUUACUACGAAAAACAUUUUCCUUGUAAACGAGUCAAAUCGAAAUCCAACAAUUGAAGAAAUAAAUUUACCUCUUCCCAAACAGGAGGAACCUUGUUGUAGCCCUUUUCGCUGUUGGUGUUGUCGUGUGAAGCAGCUCAUUGGUUUGGUUAAGCGAAAGAAUACCUCAGGUGAACGAGAGGCACGACGCGUAAUUACAGUCACAAUCGAAUAUAUCAAGUAUAGUAAUCUUGAUACACCCUCAAAUACGCGUCUACUCAGCGAUGGAGAACAGUUAGCCCAUUACAAACAGAAAUUCAAAUUGGAAGAACAACUGGAAUUCUAUUUAUUCAUGAGCACAGAUUUGAAUGCAAGCACUUUUGAGGUGAAGAAGAAAGACGCAGAAGAUUUCUGUCGAACAGUGAUGCAACUGAAAGGAAUGAGAGAUCAGUAUCCAUCUGAAAAUGAAUUAGAUCAAAUUCUCAAUCAAUCCAUUAAGAAAACAGUCGGUAUGGUAUUUCGCGAACCAACGAUGUCACUUCGAUAA